AUGGGCAGCGUUGAUGAGCCCAGCUUCAGCCAGAUGAAAAAAAACCUGGACUAUGAUGUCCUCGUCAUCGGUGCAGGUUUGUCUGGAAUGUACACCCUGCAUCGCAUGCACAAGCUAGGUCUUCGGACGAAAGUCCUCGAGGCUGGCGGCGACGUUGGUGGAACAUGGUACUGGAAUCGCUAUCCCGGCGCACGAUUCGACUCCGAAAGCUAUUCAUACAAUUUUUCCUUCUCACAAGAGAUCCUCGACGAAUGGAACUGGUCUGAGCAUUUUGCAUCCCAGCCGGAAACACUACGAUACUGCGAAUUUGUAUGCAAGAAGCUCGAUCUUCGCCGAGACAUGCAGUUUAACACGCGGGUUAAAUCAGCGCACUUCCAAGACUCCACCAAUACCUGGCUGCUAACAGAUGAGCAAGGGCGCCAGUAUACGUCUCGCUUUUUGGUGACUUGUAUCGGAAUAUUGAACAAGCACACCAUGCCGAAUAUCCCCGGAGUGCACGAUUUUCAAGGCGAAGCAUACCACACGGCUCGUUGGCCUCUCGAGCCUGUCAGCUUUGAGAACAAGCGCGUUGCACUUGUUGGAACCGGUGCCACUGGUAUCCAGGCAACACAGGAGAUUGCCAAGACAGUCGGACAACUCACGGUGUUUCAACGGACACCCAACUGGAGUCUACCUUUGCGUAAUGCACCGAUUAGCCCCGAAGAGAUGGACGAGAUCCGGACACGCUAUCCCGAAAUCUUUCGAAAAUGCGCCGAGACAUACUCUUGCUUCAUGCAUGUCUCAGACACUCGCGAUACGCUCCAAGUCGAUCCCGAAGAAAGAGAAGCCUUCUGGGAAAACCUCUAUGAACAGCGAGGAUUUGCAAAGUGGCUGGGAAACUUUGGAAAUAUCAACACGAAUAAAGAGGCGAACGAUCUCUUCAGUGCAUUUGUCGCGAACAAAAUCCGGCAACGAGUUAAAGAUCCCUGGACGGCCGAGACACUGAUUCCAAAGUGCCAUGGAUUCGGCACAAAGCGUGUUCCUCUCGAAUCGGGAUACUUUGAAGCUUUUAAUCAGCCCAAUGUUCGACUGGUCGAUGUCAAGUCUAACCCGAUCGAGUGUAUUUCGGAGAAAGGUAUUCGCACCCGUGAUGAGGAAUUCGAAUUUGAUAUGAUCAUUUAUGCGACCGGAUUCGACGCCGUGACGGGCUCUUUCACCGCAAUUGAUUUCCAAGGCGUUGAGGGAGUCAAGUUGAAAGAUCGCUGGGCGGAGGGGCCUCGGACCUUCCUAGGAUUGUUCGUCGAAGGAUUCCCCAACAUGACAAUGGUGAUGGGGCCACAUCAGAUGUUUGGGAAUAUCCCCCGCAGCGUCGAGUAUGCUGUGGACUGGGUAUCACGCUUCAUCGAGUACUGCCGGAGCCACGGCAUUAAGUAUGCCGCGGCAACGCAUCAGGGUGUAAUGGACUGGACUGAUCAUGUUCACAACUGCGCGGUGGGCUUGUUGGCCAACGAGGUUGACUCCUGGAUGACGGGUGUCAAUAAGAAUCUGGCACACAAGCAGAAGAGGAUUAUUGCGAGAUAUCAGGGUCCGGCUCCUGGAUAUCGGAAGCGGGCGGAGGAUGUAGCGACGAGGAAUUAUGAGGAUUUGAUAUUAGCAUGA